CUGCUGCAGUCAGAUCUCCUCCGGCUCAGCCAACAUGAGUUUCACGGUAGACCACCACUUCAUGGGCCCGGGCUCGUACCGCAAGGCUCGGCCCGCCUCUGUGUCCUCCAGCGGGUUUCACUCCCAGCGCCGCCGCCUCGCAUACAGCCAGCCAUCCUCAACCGACAGUAUGGAGACCUUCAAUGGUGACAUGACGCGGAGGAGCGAGAAAGAGAUUCUGCAGGCUCUGAACGACCGGUUUGCCGGUUAUAUCGACAAGGUGAGGAACCUGGAGAUGCACAACCGCAACCUGGAGGCGGAAGCGGCAGCGCUGCGGCAGAGCCAGACCGGACGGGUCUCGAUCGGGGAACACUACGAGCGUGAACUGAAUGAACUAAGGGGUCUCUUGCAGCAGCUGACCGGGGAGAAGGCCCGCGCGGCACUGGAUCACGAUCACCUGGAAGAAGACAUUCAACAUUUGCGCGUCAGGUUGGAGGAUGAGGCGCGCAACCGGGAAGAGUCGGAGGCUGCCUCUCGCGCCAUGAAAAAGUAUGUUGAGGAGUGCCGGCUGGCACGCAUGGAACUGGACAAGAAGCUCCGUGCUCUGGAGGAGGAAGCCGCAUUUCUUAAGAGGAACCACGAGGAAGAAGUGUCUGAGCUCUUGGCGCAAAUUCAGGGCGCACAGGUGAGCUUCGACAUGAGAGACACGCUCAAGGCGGACGUCACCAGCGCGCUGCGAGAGAUCCGUGCGCAACUGGACAGCCAUGCAUCAAAGAGUGCAACGCACACCGAGGAAUGGUUUAAGGUACGCAUGGAGCACCUGUCUGAAGCUGCAAAAUCUAACCAGGAUGCAAUCCGUGGAACCCAGGAAGAGAUCGCAGAAUACCGCCGCCAGCUUCAGAGUCGCACCAUUGAGCUGGAGACUCUUCGAGGAACAAAGGAGUCGCUGGAGAGGCAGCGAAUGGAGAGUGAAGACAGACAUCAAGAUGAUCUCAAUUCACUACAGGUGACCAUUAAUCAGCUUGACAAUGAGCUAAAAACCACCAAAUGGGAGAUGGCCAGCCAGCUGAGAGACUAUCAGGAGUUGCUGAAUGUAAAGAUGGCCCUUGAUAUUGAGAUUGCUGCUUAUAGGAAGUUACUGGAGGGAGAGGAGAAUCGCUUUGUGUCUGGUGGUGGUCCAUACUCCUAUCUGGAGGGCAGAUUCUCCACUCAUCUGAAGGUGAAAAGUGAGGAGAUCUCAGAUACGGUGAUCGUGGAGGAACAAACUGACGAGACACAGGUGACGGAGGUGACAGAAGAGGCUGAUGAGGAGGAAGAGGACGAAAAGAAAGAAGAUGAAGAGGAGGAAGGAGAGGGAGAUGAGGAAACCAAAGAGGAGGAGGGUGAAGAUGAGGGAGGGGAAGAUAAGGAAGGAGGAGAGGGAGAGGAAGAAAAUGAGGGAGAAGAAAAAGGAGAGGAGGAAAAUGAGGAAGAACAGAAGGAGGAAGAAGAUAAAAGUGCAUCCCCUCAGCCUAAAUCUCCUGCUGUGAAAUCACCAGAAUCCAAAUCACCAGCAUCCAAAUCCCCAAUGCCUAAAUCACCUGCUAAGUCACCUGUAGUCAAAUCUCCGGCAGGAGACAAGUCAAAGUCACCUGAGUCAAAGUCGCCCGUGAAUAAAUCCCCUGAAUCCAAAUCUCCCUCCAAGACCCCCGAACUAAAGUCACCAGAGAAAGAGAAGGCCAAGCCUGUUGCUGCCAAAGACACGCCCAAAGAGGAGAAAAAAGAUGAAAAGCCUCAGUCUGUCAAGGAGGAAAAGAAGGAGAAAGAGCAGCCUGCGAAAGAGGAGAAGAAGCAAGAACCUAAGGAAAAAGAGCCAGAGAAAGCAGACAAACCUGACACAAAGAAAGAGAGUAAAUCAGAUGAAGCACCAAAAAAGGAAGGAGCUUCAAAACCAGCAACACCCAGUAAGGCCUCUGAGGACAAAGACUCCCCAAAAUCUGAGCCUAAAGAGAGUGCUCCCCCUGCAAAGGAGGAGAAGUCUCCUGCUCCAAAAUCAGAGAAGGCUGACCCUGAGGUGAAGGUGGUUUCUAAAGUUGAGCCCGAGAAGACAGAAAGCAAAAAGGAGGAGAAGAAGCCUGAGGAAAAGCCUGCCUCAAAAGUAGGGCCAGAGAGCAAGAAGGACGAGAAGAAACCAGAGGAGAAAAAGGAGACCCGUACAGAAGAGAGUAAAGAGGUGAAGGGCGGGGCAAAAACGGAGAAAGCUGAGAAAUCCUCUGGCACUGAGUCAAAGGAAAGUAAGGAGGAGAAAGCCAAGAAGUAAGAUUUAAACAUUGUGUCUCAGCUCUGGAGGAGAGGAGGAGGAGAUGCCAAAGAAGAAUGAGAGAGGGAUGUCAGGCAAAGGCAUGAGAGGGGAGAAAUGAGCUGGAUACACCCAGCUAUUUAGACAGGCUCUUGUUCAUAGCAAAGCAGGUAACAGUACGUAAGCAAUAUUGAUUUCUGUAGCAAAUAAUUCCCUGCUCCCUAAGUAUGGCCAUUACAUACCCCUGAAGCUUCUGAUGUAUGACUGUAAUGAAUGCAGAAUGCUCUAACUCUAUCUGAAUGUGACAACUGCCCUUAAUAAAUAACAAGUGCAUUUAAAAUGAAUCCUGGUGGGGGCAGCAAGGUCCUGCUGUGCCUACAUAAGCCUUCAAGGGUAGAUGUCAAAAUAA